AUGUACAUCAAUAAAAUGUUGAGGGACUUCCUUGGGGUGCUCAAGUGGGAUUGCAUCGACGAAGAAUUUGUGCUGGACUUUGAAGAUGAGGCAGGUUAUAUUAGCUGUGUUGGAGUAGAAGAACAUCAUGCUGUUGACAUUGACCUGUAUCACUGUCCCAACUGUGCAGUACUACAUGGUUCCUCCUUGAUGAAAAAGAGGAGAAACUGGCACAGGCAUGACUACACAGAAGUUGAUGAUGGUUCCAAACCAGUGCAAGCUGGAACUAGGACUUUUGUUAAGGAAUUACGAUCUCGAGUCUUCCCAAGUGCCGAUGAAAUCAUUGUAAAGAUGCAUGGCAACCAGCUGACACAAAGAUACCUGGAAAAACAUGGAUUUGAUGUCCCUAUUAUGGUCUCUAAAUUAGAUGAUCUAGGACUCAGGCUCCCUCCACCUGCUUUUUCUGUGAUGGAUGUGGAACGUUAUGUAGGUGGUGACAAAGUGAUAGAUGUCAUUGAUGUGGCAAGGCAAGCAGACAGCAAAAUGACACUUCACAAUUAUGUUAAAUACUUCAUGAAUCCUAACAGACCAAAAGUGUUAAAUGUGAUCAGCCUUGAAUUUUCAGAUACAAAGAUGUCUGAAUUGGUGGAGGUCCCUGAUAUAGCCAGAAAACUUUCCUGGGUGGAAAAUUAUUGGCCAGAUGAUUCAGUCUUUCCCAAGCCAUUUGUUCAGAAAUACUGUUUAAUGGGAGUUCAAGACAGCUAUACAGAUUUCCACAUUGACUUCGGUGGAACUUCAGUCUGGUACCAUGUCCUCUGGGGUGAGAAAAUUUUUUAUUUGAUAAAGCCAACAAAUGAAAAUUUGGCACUCUAUGAAUCUUGGAGUUCAUCUGUGACCCAGAGUGAAGUGUUCUUUGGAGAUAAAGUGGAUAAAUGCUAUAAAUGUGUGGUAAAGCAGGGGCAUACCUUAUUUGUUCCUACAGGGUGGAUUCAUGCUGUGCUCACUUCUCAGGACUGUAUGGCUUUUGGGGGGAACUUUCUGCACAACCUUAACAUUGGCAUGCAGCUCAGGUGUUAUGAGAUGGAGAAAAGACUAAAAACACCAGAUCUUUUCAAAUUCCCUUUCUUUGAAGCCAUAUGUUGGUUUGUAGCCAAAAAUUUGCUGGAAACCCUGAAAGAACUGAGAGAAGAUGGUUUCCAGCCUCAGACUUAUCUAGUACAGGGAGUGAAAGCACUGCAUACUGCUUUAAAAUUAUGGAUGAAAAAAGAUCUUGUAUCUGAACAUGCCUUUGAAAUUCCAGACAAUGUGAGACCUGGACAUCUUAUUAAGGAACUUUCUAAAGUAAUUCGAGCAAUAGAGGAAGAAAAUGGCAAACCAGUUAAAUCUCAGGGAAUUCCUACUGUGUGUCCAGUUUCACGAUCCUCAAAUGAAGCAACUUCCCCAUACCAUUCCCGACGAAAGAUGAGAAAACUUCGAGAUCAUAAUAAUAUUCGAACUCCUUCUAACCUAGACAUCUUAGAGCUCCAUACAAGGGAAGUUCUUAAAAGAUUAGAGAUGUGUCCAUGGGAAGAGGACAUCUUGAGCUCUAAACUGAAUGGAAAAUUCAACAAACAUCUCCAGCCAUCUUCCACGGUACCUGAAUGGAGAGCAAAAGAUAAUGAUCUACGACUGCUGCUGACAAAUGGAAGAAUAAUUAAAGAUGAGAGACAGCCCUUUGCAGAUCAGAGUCUUUACACAGCAGAUAGUGAAAAUGAAGAGGAUAAGAGAAGGACAAAGAAGACCAUUAUGAAGACAGAAGAGAGUUCAAGAAUAGACAGGACAGAAAGUGAAGAAUCUCGAAAACCACUUAACAGGUUUUUUACAAGUGUGAAAUCAGAACUCAGGAAUAGAUCAUCAGAAUAUUCUGAUAUUUCUGAUUCAGAAGACUCUGGAGCUGAUUGCACUGCACUGAAAAUUAAUUUUACCACUGAAGAGUCUGAAAGUUCAGGUGAUGAAAAGAAACAAGAAAUAACAUCAAAUUUUAAGGAGGAAUCUAAUGGGAUGAGGAACUUCCUACAAAAGAGUCAGAAGCCAUCUAGAAGUGAAAUUCCAAUUAAAAGGGAAUGUCCUACCUCGACAAGCACAGAGGAAGAAGCUAUUCAGGGCAUGCUGUCUAUGGCAGGGUUGCGCUAUUCCACGUGUUUACAAAGGCAGAUGCAAAGCACAGACUGCGGUGGUGAGAAGAACUCUCUCCAGGAUCCUAACAGCUGCCACAGCAGUAACCAUGAAGUUAGGCAGUUGUAUCGCUAUGAUAAACCAGUAGAAUAUGGAUACCAUGUCAAGACUGAAGAUCAAGACUUGAGGACUUCUUCCUGGGUUAAACAAUUUGAUAGAACUUCCAGAUUUAAUCCUCAGGACCUAAGCAGAAGCCAGAAAUGCAACAAAAAGGAAGGUUCAUCAGAAACUAGUCAGAAGGUGCAAAGUAGGAAUUAUAUGGAGAGCAGUGGCUCAGGUCUUCAGAAUGGAAAGUACGUGCAGAAUUCCAGCUUGCUUUCAGGGGCAUGCCAGAUGAGUAAUGGCAGCCUAAGCCCAGAAAGGCCAGUUGGUGAAACUUCCUUUUCAGUGCCCCUUCACCCCACCAAGAGACCUGCAUCAAAUCCACCACCUAUCAGCAACCAGGCAACAAAAGGUAAACGACCUAAAAAAGGAAUGGCAACAGCCAAACAACGUCUUGGAAAGAUCCUUAAGUUGAACAGAAAUGGCCAUGCACGUUUCUUUGUGUGACAGAGCCACUGUUGCAGCCACUCUUCACUUUGGAGACCAGUCUUGGGGUGCAGAAGCCUGGAGCUUCCACCACCCCCUGCCUGGAACAUUUGCGUGUACAGUAAGAACACUGCCCGAAGAACAGAAUGAACCUGAUGCUGCAUUUUCACUGUGCCACACCCACUCAGCAAUAACCCUUUGGACCUGGUGGGGGAGAGGAAGAAGGAGGGUAGAACCUUAAAAAGAGACCUCGAACUGGAAAGGGUCUCUUGUCAGGGCUUGAAUUUCAUUUUGUUGUUGGUAGUGUCUUGAUUUAUUUUCAGUAGUAGGGUAAAGAAUUAUCAAUAAUUUAUUUAACAGAUUUUUUUAAAGUUAACAGCUUUUAAAUUCUUUCUUUUUUAAAGCUAUUUAUUUGGAAGAUUUCUGGAGAAAUAUCUCACUAAUUUAGAUUUAAGAAUGUGAAGGUUUUUAAAUUAUUUUUGAUAGUGUGUGUGUUACAUGUGGGAAAGAGCCACAGUAACAGUAACUAGUCUGGACUCUUAAAUUUGAUAUUCAGGUUAAAGUCUUAAACAGGGAUUUGAUGCAUUAAUUAUUUUAAAUUAAGAUGUAUAUGAAAAUCAUUUUAUUUUAUAUAUUUCAUGUGUUUUUUAUAAGCUAUUAGCUUCGCUUUUGCUAACAUUCAAGGUGCAUACUGUUAUCCAGGUUGAUUCCCUUAUACCCCACCUUCCCUCUGCACCCCCCUGUCAUUUUGUGAUGACUCUUCAAGACUCUUCUCUUUGCAGGGAAAUACUUCCAUAGCCAAUGUGUAAGAACUUCAUAAAAGAUCCCUCAUUUCUCAUUUCCUUUGUGGUUUUCUUCUAAAUAUAAAGAACUAGGCUUCUUAUGUUUUCAUUUCUGCUGAUGAUAUCUGGGUCCCAAAGAGAACAGCUUUAAUAUCUUUUUCCUACUUGUGCGGAAAGUAUUAUAAGUUUGGUUAAAUAGUCAUGUUUGUAUUUUUUCCAAAUACAUUUGUAACUACAGAGGGCCUUCUUCCUACUGUCAGUGUUGGAGGACAGGGCCAACGCCUGCUGCAAGGUUAUAUCUCAUGAUGCUUUUACUCUUUACACCUAAUUUGUUGAAAAGUAUGAAUUGAUGUAGGAUAUACAAAUCUGCAUAAUAAGCCGUAAUAUAAUAGAAUUAUACUAUAUUAAGUUGUAUAGAUGCAAGCAUGUUGGAGUAGAUCGUGUGUGUGUGUGUGUGUGUGUGUGUGUGUGUGUGUUUGUGUUUACUUUUUCUUAACCUUGUGCAUAAUUAUUUCAUAUAUGGAUUUGGAGUAAAAUGGGUGCUUCUUUUUGCAGUUUCUUCCAUAUAUCUUAACUUGACCAGUGUAUACUUAGGUUAACUAUCUGGUUGAACUUUAAGGUAAUCAUUUAUCUCCUUUAUGUAAAAUUUUUACUAAAUAUUAGUUUUCAGUUGCUUAUCAGAGUUUCUGGUUUCCCUUCCCCACCCCCACCCCCACCCAUGGUAUAAAAAUAAAUGAUUGCUAGGGGUGAAGUGGAACUAUUCCUAAGUCUGACAAUAUAGCAUUUUACAAAUUUCUACAAAGACAAUAUAGGCAAAUAGGCUGGAAUUUAUUUUUAUGGAGAAGAAAUAUGGCCAUACUACAGAUUUGUCUUUUUUUUUUUUUUAAUAAGCAAGGUAGCAGGACUUUUCCUUUCUGUAUUAAGUAUCACUUAAGUUAUUAAGAAAAAAAACUAUACCAUUAUCUUUCAUGGUUGCAUUCAAAUAUGUAUUUCCAAAGAGAAAUAUUUCUUACUCUGUCUUCAUUCCAGUAUUUCAUGAGAUAACUAUGAAAUAACUUCUGAGUUGGCCUUUUUGGUCCAGAGUGUCUGGGCCAGAGUCUGAAUCUUAUCUGGUUGUCAGGAAAAUAAUUUUUAUGGAAAUCCUUAAAAUUUGUAAACAACUUACUUAAAACCCUGUCUGUAGUAUACCUAACUAGUGGAGAGAUGGCUGUAGUCAACCAUUGGCUGGUCAUCAUAUAUCAAGAUGUAAAAAUCUGGGUUUGAUUGAUUCUCUCACCUUCCUCCACAGUAUAUCUCUAUAUACUUGUGUGUCUUGGUUUUUUGUAGACCCUGUUUUGAUGUUAUAGUAUACAUAUUUUUAUUUUGGUUUAAGAAAUAGGACUAUAGUUUCUUUUUCCAGUUACAUCAUGAUCUGGAUUUUUUUCUUUAUAAUUUUCACAACUUAUUUUUAAUUACUUUUUUCUUUAGCGGUAAAAAUUGAGAAAAAACAUAAUUUAUUUUUAAAGAACAAAAAUCGUGGCCACUAUCCACCCUGUGUCCUUAGAUCAAUAAACACUAAUUCUGAUUAGCAAAUAUGUAGAAUUUUUAAGUGAAAGUACUGUGGAUUUGUUUUUUGGCAGUUUUAGCUCACUAACUGGCUAAGUUCCAAAACUUUCAUCAAGGUCAUAUAACCACUAUAAGAGAAUACAUGUAUCUUUUUUUCUGAAUUGGUAAAAAUUCAGCCACCCAUCCAGUGACUUUUCUAAUCAAACCUCUUAUAAAGUUACUGCUAUGAUGCAUUCCUUUGUCUCUUGGAACUGACUGAACUUUGAGGUAAUGACUGCCAGUUUCUGGGCUCAACAGUAACAUUAGUAACCUUUAGUGUUUCCCUUAGUUUUGUUUAUAAUCAGUAUACCACAGUUUAGACAGGAAGACAGCAUUUAGUUAGUUGUAAGCAAAUACAAAUAUGUAAAAUCAAGAAUUAGUGAUUUAAUGUAUGCAACUUAACAGUAGUAGUAAUUUUUCUAUAUUGAUAGUAAUUUUCCUAUAUUGAUUCUUAACUUGGGAUCCACUGUACUGUAAUUCACAUCAUCACACAAUGUUAUGCUCCCCAGUACUGACGAGUGAUAUAAACAAUACAAAGCUGGCAGUUUAUAGUAAUCCAGUGUCUUAGGAAUACAUUUGAACUUCAUAAGUAUCAGUUCAUUUCUGAAGCAUACAAAAUUGAACAUUCAGACUGAAAUCAUAAACUCAGAGAGGAAACAAGUUCAUCUUUAUCACUAGUUAAAUACUUAACUUGAAUGUUCUAUUUUUAACAACCCUAAUUAUUGCCUUUUCAUUGUACUCUACUGUAUGUAUUCAUAUGGGAUCAGCAGGUAUUUAUCAAACAUUUACUGUGUGCCUCGCACUAUUUAGUAUGGUAGGGUAAUGUCAACUUGCAAUUGUAGUCUUUGCCCAAGAAAUUCUCCAGGAACUUAGCAGUACUAUUUUCACUUUUAGGCAAACUUCAGUAAAAGAGGGCUCAUUCAUUAAAAAAAAAAAAAAAAAAGUAGCUUAUCUCUAUUAGUUUCAAUUGAGAUAUCCCACUGUAGAAGUAAAAUCCACCUGAGUUCUUUAAGAAACAUUUCAAAAGUUAGUUAAUAAUGUUGGUAACAUAAAGAUGUGAAAUGAUGUGGAAGAAAGCAAAAGGUCCUGAGUUUUGGUCUAAGUUCUGCUUCUGAUGUGUCAGCUCUUGACCUUAAAUAAGUCACUUAGCCUUUCUAUCUUAGUUGUCUUAUUUGUAAAUUUGGAUGAAAAUGCUUAUUAUACUAAUUACUGAAGAAAAACAUUCCUUAAUCUAUUAAUACUUCAUAUUUACAGAGAAUUGAUCAUUAUUUAAGUUACAACUCGUAAUGAAUGCAUCUUUAUAUACAUUUUUAAAUGAAAACUGUUGUUUCUUAUCAAAUAUAUGCUAUCUAAAAAAAUCCGAAGAUUCUCUAACAAGGUGCUGAAUUACAGUUAGAUCCUGUGCUUGAAGUGAAAGAAAAAGAGGUGAGCUAGUUUAUGGAUAGGAAAGUGAGAGAGUUUAUUCUCAAGUUCAUGAAGAUGAUGUAAAAUGAUUAAAAGAUACCUUUAGAUUUUAGUACUGCUUUCCAGAUUUGGCAUACUUUUGAGGUACUGGAGAAAAAUGGAAUAAGUUAUGGAAUUAAAAUUAUUUAGCAACUACCCUUGGGACUGGUAGAAAGACAUAAGGUGGUUAGGAAGACGGAACUCCUCAGAUAGCUACAGGUUGGGUGACAGUUGCCUGGGUAAAAAAAGAAAUCUUUGGAGUAGUGCAGGAAAGGAGACUGACUAUGUCUUCUACAGAAAAUAAUCUGCUUGUUUCAAAAUAUGCUCUCUAAAGUAGUAAGGCUACUUUGGAGAGUUGAUGAGAAUGAUUGCAUGGCCCAGUAUGCUACUGCUAGAAGUAACUGUUACAACAAAUAAGCAUUUUUAGUUUUUGCAUGGGAGAGACAAGGGCUUUCAUAAUAUAAACAUCUUUCAGAAAUUAAAUCUUUCUCAUUAAAUAUUGACUAAUUUCUCCUUAUAUACAGAAAAGCUCUUGCCUAGUUUGUGCAAGGCCCGUUUUUAGAUCCCCUGCACUUCAAAAGAGAGAGAAGCGAAGUCUCCCUAUUCCUUUCCUGAUGUCCUUCACCUUCAUCCAAAGUGAUCUUGAGGGUGAGCGUCAUGUAUCUUUAGCCUAGGAAAGCCAGUGAAAAAAGGAGACAAAUGUACAUCUGAUAGGGCAGUGAUUUGCUUAGGGACACAGGGUGAAUCUGCUUGGGAUCUAUAGAAUAAAACCUUGCUUCCUAAAACAGCUCCUGUUCUGUGACACUGCAGCCUCUGCUUGCCUUGCCGUAGAUAAUGUUCAUAUGCUUGAGGUCAGAUGGAAAGGAAGGGGAGAAAUUACUAUACUUAUUACUAAAUUGCUGUUGAGUGUAAUGUCAACUUAGUACUAUAGCCUUACUAAAAACCCUUCCCUUAUUUUAAGUUAUUUCUCAGUGAGCAUGCCAUAAGUCAAAGAAAUACUUGAUAUUACAUAAACAGUUUUAAGAUCAUCCAGAACAAAUGCAUAUUUCCAAAGCAGUUAACUUAUUGUGAUGGACUGGUUUUAUUCCUCUGUAGAGAUUUUUCCUUCUUUAGUUGGGAGGAGAAAAUAAUACUGAGUUGAGAGACCUUUAGAUUCUCCCUCUUGCCUUUGGUGCCCCUUCUUGUGUCUUAGACUUUGUCUUAACAAGUGCAACAUUACAUUUUUUUUAAAACUGUAUUCAAUGAUUCUUCCAACAAGUUUAUCUGCUCUGCACUAUUUCACUAAUAUACCCUGGCUACCACGUAGCCCUUGACCUCCAAGUAGUUUACCUAUGCAAAACCCAUGACCUUCUGAAUUCACUUUUCUUUAUUUCAGAAAGCACUCAUAAACAGAACUUCCUUUUAAAAAAAACAAACUUAUUUUCAAUCAGUUUUAUUUUGGCCAUUUCUUUUCCAAAAUAUAAGCUAUUUCCCCCUAAGGUUUUUCACCAAAACAAUGGUCAUUAAGUGCUAGGAUAUAUAAUAUUUUGCAGUAAUAAAAUAACCCAGGCAUACUCUUAUAUUUAUUUGGUGGAUUUUGGUUGGUAAAAAUUACCAGCAUUAAAUGUAAUAUAUAAUGAGGAGUUGAUUCCUUGUCUAGAAUCAUUUCUUCCCUCUAAGAUUCAAAAGUAACGUUUUAUUUUUUACAAAGCAUACAUAUAACUUCCACACUAUAGUCAGGGACCUGAGGUGUAACUUAACUAAGUGAACCCCAAGGUUAUUUUAUCUUGUAAAAGAAACCUAAACCAAACUAAGGGCCUUACAGUUUAUGGUUAGACUGAAUCAAAAGCUACAGCCUCAGUUUUUCCACAAACAGCUUCUGGCUGCAAAGCACGUCGUGCAGUUAUUAGGCAUGGAGUAGCACCGAUCAGGAAACGCACGAGCAUCUUUGCAGACUGUAUUUCCUUCGGAAAAGACUUUUCUACUUUUAAUAUAAAUUAAGCCAUAACAGUUUCAUGCUGUGGAAAGAGGGUGAAAAGGUUCAUUUUAAGAGAUUAUAUAGUAUGAAUUUUCACAUUUACUGUGAAAUGUCUAAUUUUACCAGUGCUUCAGCAAGUUUUCUUUUGGGGGGAUGUUGGAGGGUGGUGAUGGGGAGGGGUAGUAUUGGUUUUGGGGGUUUUAACUCUGUGAAAUUUGAAAAGGGGACAGUUGUUGGCUAUGGUACUUACUAGUUUUGUAGUAAUGUUUUGCUAGCCUGACUGACUUUCCUUACUGGUUUUUAUGUCUGCAGUCCCAGGUGACUGUUACCCUUCUUGUUUUGAGUGUCUGCGGAGUAGUGUCUUGUCUAUGUGUGUAGGCAGCCAGUGUGUGUGCACAUGUGUGUCCUUGGAAUACAGAAGCACACUGUGUGACAGUGAAACGGGGUGUGGCUGGGGAGUGGGAUGUGGAAGCUUUAAGAGCAUUUUUUUUCGAUUCAUAACAGUAUUUCCCAUCUUUUGCCUGCAGGCAGGGAAAGUGUACAGUAUUUAUUUUGUUUCUGUUUUACUCUGAAUUUGUAAGUCUUUAAGUAGCUUACAUUGAUUAUUAUAGGGGAAGCAGUGACUUGUUUAAAGUUGUAUUUGGUAUUCUUACUUUCCAAUUUCUGUAUUUUAAAAUAUUAAAAUUAAAAUUGUAUUACU